CCUACGCUUACACGCCCGCACACCUCUCUUCUCGUUUUCGCCAUUGACGACAUUUUCUUCAUUUCACUGUGGUUCUGUGCUUUUAGGUGUAGGUAGAGUACUCUUAAGAAGUUGGUUUGAUACCUAGUGUGAUCUUUUUGUUGCAGACGAGAAUAGUUUAGGAAAUGGCGCUAGGGUUGAUAUUGGGAAUUGGGAGGGCAUUCAGAAGGAAGCGAACGUCGUCGCUUGAUAUUCUGACGUCGAAAAGAAGUCCUCGGGGAUAUUACAAGGGCAAAAAUUGCAAGCCUACUGGUUUCCACACCCGCAAAGGUGGUUAUGUGGUGCAGCCUGAAAAGUUGCCAAAUUAUGUCGUACCAGACUUGACUGGCUUCAAGCUAAAACCGUAUGUGUCUCAAUGUGCACGACAAUCGGGUGAUUCAGCUAAGUAAAUGCAACGCAACAAAGGUUUUUUUGAGUCCACAAAAGAGAUGAAUGAUCUCAUAGCUUCUUUCUUGGUUAAUCCUUUUGAAUGCUCAUCUUUCAGUGAAUAAUGACGAUUUAGUUUGUUUACUUGUGGUGUAUUUUUAUUUUGAUUUUUUUUCGACAAAAUAAUUGUUGAAUAUGAUAUUUUAUAUGAAAAUAUGUUGUUUCUAAUUCAAGAAAUUUA